AAUCAGCGCGUGGCAUUUGAUCGAGUCCUCCUGACCACAACCCAAGAUGCGGCUCCGCACACGUGGGUUUCCAACGCCCAACUGCAGCCGCCUACCAAAUGUGCAGCGGCUACGCACUCCCAUCCCUGGACUACUCUUGGUGGGUGGAGACUGGAGAGAGCCACAGAAGGCAACUGGAGGUUCGAGGACGGCGCGAUAGGCGAGCCGGCGAGUUCGGGUGCUUUUCCUGGGGUCGGAGAUGCGACCGUUGGGACCUGGGAAACAGCGCACUUCGAGUUCGGGGGCGGCUCCCGCGACGGCGGCAGCCACCUGAGCAGGAUGUUUAAUUGGAACGACGAGCAGCAGCAGGCAGGGGAUGCAAUAUGGGCUGAGUUCAAUGACAGUGGGGACCAUAUUGUGCCAUAUCCUAAAGGUGUAGAAGAUAGUACAAUAGUUAGUGCCAGGGACCUCAAGAACAAUGAGGAAGAGGUGGCUAGUAUUGCUGGCAUCAGUGAACAUUCUACAGGUGUUCAAACUGGACUUCAAGUGAUGGAAAAGCAGACUGCAAACCAGACAUGUGCACAUUUUUCAGCCACACAAAUUGACAUGGAAUCCUGGCCUGACCUUCCUUCCCUCAAUCCUACACUUGACAGAAACUAUAGUGAUGACAACAUAGCAUCCACAUAUCUGGCUUUCAGUGCUGAACCCAGUUUACAGAAAGUGACAGGAAAUGCUACAGGGCAAAUAGAUGGUGAAUCAGAAGUGUUUGGUAAUGAUCAAGAAGAAAAGAGUAACAGUUUCCUUGAUUGUGAUUGGGGCAAUAUUGGAGAUUUUGAUGAUUUUGACCGCCUAUUUAGCAAUAGUGACUCCAUAUUUGGUAAUGGGAUAGUUGCCAGCGACAAUGAUUUUCUUUCAGCAUCUUCUAAUUUGAUGGAUAAUGCUGUGCAGUCAAUCCCAAUUCCGCAACUACCAUUGAAUAAACGACCAUCAUCUGAUCGUGGGCCUUCUUUGGUUCUGACUAAAGAAAUUUCCAGUGGUGUCACCAUUACCAAACAAGAAAAUAAGGUCGAAGUACACAAGAGGCCAGCGAGGUCACGCAGAAAACCAGAGGAAAGAGGUAAAAGUAAAAUAUCCAGUAGUGCAAGUGGCUUCUCCCCGAGCAAAUUAGAGAAUUCAUCAUCAAAUUUGCAAGCUCCUAUGCAACAUGUACAGACUCCUCAAUAUGCACUGUUCCAGGAUAGCAAGAAGAUAGGAAAGGUUCAGCAUGCUAAUCAGUUUAUGUUUCCCGAAUAUGGGUAUCCUGCAUAUCCAUUUCCUACCAUUCCGUUAGUGUCAAACAUUCAAGCUGAUGGCUAUCAGACAAAAUCAGCUGGCACAAGUUGCCGAACUUCAGAAGAUUCCCCAAAACAGUCAAGUUCAAUAGAAAUGUCACAAGACAUACCAUCGAGACCACUGUCAAUGACACCACAAGAAAAGAUAGAAAAGCUUAGGCGCCGGCAGCAAAUGCAAGCGCUGAUAGCUAUUCAGCGACAGCAGCAACAGUUUGGUCAACAGGGUUCUGGCAGUGAUCCAAUGGUGUCUCAAGCAUACUCUCUUAGGAACAAAAAUCUGGAUUCCUUAGGUAGUUCAAUUGUCAUAGAUGAAAACACAAAUGAGAUUUUUUCGCCUGAGAUGAUUCCGACAUACCAUGGCCCGGUUCACAAGAGUUCUGCAAUUUCAGAUGAUCCCUUUAUAGAGGAAAAAAUAUAUUAUCAACUACAAGAUGCUCUUGACAAGUUGGAUACCAAAACUCGACUAUGCAUUCGAGAUAGUUUACUUCGUUUGGCCCAUAGUGCAACAGAGAGACAAAUUGAUGGUGAUAGGAGCAGCACUAACAAGACAAAUAAAGAUGAAGAUGAAGCUUCAGAAGAUGCAUUUACUAGGAGAACAAGUUUAUAUUUUUAUGAUCUCAGGUCUCCCACUAAGGAAGAAGAAACAAUCACUAAUCCAACUGAUCGUAUAGUGGCCUAUUUGCUGUUUCAUAGACAUUGCUCCCAGGUUGCAGCAGCAACAAAAGAAGAAAUCAUAUCCUCAACCCCCUUGACACUAGAACCUGAGCUGAAGGUACCAUUGGGAACUACUAUGGUACUAUCAGAAGAUCAACUGCUUUCAGAGGAUCAACGAGAUGAGCAAAAAAAUGUGUUGCAGCCGUCACAAUAAGAUGCUGAUUGAUCAACUGUUCAGAAUCAAUAUGAUAGCAAACCCCGUGAUGAUGACAGUCUGCUGAUCACCUGUGGCUCCGGAGAUCCCUUGUGUAAUAUGUAACCAUUUCAACAUUGUAGCAUUCUUUUUUUUUCAUCAUGUAAUAACAUCUCAGACUGUAUACGAACCUACAAUUGUGUGUCGAGCCCUAAAAAGAGCAAACCUUGGACAUCGUUAUGAUUAAACUCAAUGUAUGCACUCUCUCAUUUCUCCGAAGAAAAUACCCUUUUUCUCUUGCGUGA